AUGGAGGUUCUUGGGGUUGCAAGCGGCAUCGCUGGCUUGAUCAGUCUUGCUGAUGUUCUCGCCUUCAAGAUCUCCAAAUAUUACACUCUCGUGAAAAGCUCACAGUCAGAAAUCAGGGCGCUGUUGAUUGAGGUCCAGAGCCUCUAUGGAGUCUUGAACAGCCUGAAACUUCUAGCAACAUGUCUAGAACAUGGCCAGCAGCCGCUGGGACCAGCCAAUAUGCCACAGCUUGACCAUUUUCAAACAUGUCGGCAAAACCUUGAUUACUUGAAGAAGUCGUUGAGCAAGCUUGACUUGGACUCCGCCACAAAACUUACUGCUUUCAAAAUCAAAUUACUCUGGCCAUUUAAAGCUACAGAGACCAAAGAGCUUGUUGAAAGGAUCGCCAGAAACAAGCGAGACCUAGCUGAUGCGUUGACAGCUGAUGGGCUCACUGCAUUGGUAAAUGCUUUGUCGACUCAAACAGAUUUGACAGAAGCAGUCGAAGAUGUGCAGAUGAGAUUGCAGAAGAUGGCGGAGGAAAAGGGGGAGAACGAACAAGAUGAGCGCAAGAAAGCAGUGUUUGGGUGGUGUUCCACAGUUACUCCUUACGAAAAACACCGUAAUGCCAAAAGUCUGAGACAUCCGAAUACCGUGUUGUGGUUCUUCGAGUCUCCGGAGUUCAAGAAGUGGAUCUCAGAACCAAAUUCAGGCAUUUGGCUAUAUGGAAUACCUGGUGCGGGUAAAACGAUCUUAACAUCCGCUGUCAUCGAAGAAGCUAAGAUGCUUGCUGCAACGAAGCCAGACCAUGCUAUUGCAUAUUUCUAUGUUGAAUAUCGAUUACCAGAGACACAACUGCUCUCUAACAUUUUGGGCUCGUUGAUUAGGCAGCUCUGCGCAAGUUCCGAAGAUGCUUUCGAAGAACUAGAGUCAUUCUACCGUGAAUGUAAUGAAAAGUCCAAGCAUCCCGUGUUACCGACUUGUGAGCAACUCGGCGAGUUACUCAGCCGGAUUUCGAAAUGUUUUGAAUGUGUGAUGGUGGUGAUUGAUGGUCUCGACGAAAGUUCCGACCCUCAAGAGCGAAGCUCUACAAUGCAUCUGCUUUCAACUCUGAAUGCACCAGAAAAUGGCACCAUAAAGAUUGUCUACACAAGCCGAGACGAGAUCGACAUUCGCCGGAAUUUCGAGUCUUUCGAAGGGAUGUCUAUUGCUGCUCGAAGCAACGACUUAGAGUUGUAUGUUGCUGCCGUGAUUGAAUUGCGCAUGAAGAAUAAAUCCCUACGAAUGCGAGAUCCUGCCCUGAAAGAGGUUAUUAUUAACGGAAUUAUAUCCAAAGCUAAUGGAAUGUUCCAGUGGGCAAAAUGUCAACUUGACUAUCUCUGCACCCUUAGCACUGAUAAAGAACGACGGCGGGCCCUGGAGACCUUGCCUGCCGAUCUGUUUGAGACCUACACCAGAAUUUUAAACCGAGUCGCUAAGAGCACCGCUGGUAAUCGGCGUUUAGUUGAGAGGACCCUACGAUGGAUUCAUCUAGCUCAGUUUCCAUUACAUGUUGACACCAUUGCUACCGCUGUGGCUGUUGAGAUCGGGUCAAGAUCUAUCGAUGAAGACGACAUCUCUGAUCAGGAUAGCAUCCUGAAAUGGUGCUCCAGUUUGGUCACAAAGAACGAACAGACUGGGAUCUUGUCAUUCUCUCACUUUACCGUGGAAGAAUUCCUGACAGACGAGAAGCUUUUAGCCAUCCCGGAGCUUCGAGACUUCUACUUGAAUGAGCCUGAAUCCCAGGGUAUCAUUGCCAAAGUCUGCCUCACGUACCUUCAGUUCCCAGAAUUCUGGCAUUGGGAUUUGAGAGAUUCAAAAAGCAUCAUAGACAAGGCAGACGAACUUCCUUUCUUGAAAUAUUGCUGUCAGGAGUGGUUAUCGCAUGCCAAUUACGGAGAAAUCGAAGAUGAUGAACACUACCAUGACUUGACACAGCGGCUCUUCAACCCUGAAAAAUCCUCAAAUUUCGUCUUAUGGCUACACAUCUGGUGGGCUGAACACGGUCCAUACAAUGUCGAAGCACCAACCGCCCCAACUUUGAAUGUGGCUGCCGCUCUGCAGCUGGUACAUAUCUGCAGUUGGCUCUUGGAUACACAUGGCUGCGAUCUCAAUUUCAAUGAUGCUACCCUCGGUACACCAUUGAUCGGCGCGAUUAGAGGCAUUGGUUACAUGACAGCCUUCACGGCGAAGAACAAGCUCGUUCGUUUGUUGCUAUCACAUGGUGCCAUUGGAGACGUGAACUUCAGCGGGCACGAUUCACUUGUUGGUCGGGAUGAUAAUUCCCUCCCCAGGAAGGUUAUACGAACGCCCAUGUCACUCGCCUUGGAUAUUGCUUCUAGAGAUGUUGAAUGUUGCUGUGCCGUAUUCAGACAACUCCUUGAAGCAAACUGUAUUUCUUCAUGUGCAGAAUCUUCUGUCUGGUCAACUUUCAUCGUCCAGCGCGAAUCAGGGCGACCCAUUCGUAAAGCUUUGCCGCUGCCCCCUCUACCACCACGUCCAGACUAUGGUGAAGGGAGGUCAGCAAUAAUAAGGAGAUCCAGCAAUGCAUCGAGCCACCUCACUGGCUCGGACUCCGCGGAAAGUCCAGAGCGCAUGCUUGUCGCUCUCUUUCGAGAUGCCCUCAACCACCCAGAAUCCAAGUUGUUGGACCUCGAAUCCAGAAGCAAAAUGAUUGCAUAUAUCACUACUCAUGGCAAUGAGACUUCUGACCAAGAGCUAAUCUCCACGCUGGCGACGAAGGAAAAUCCGCACGAUUUUGCCAGUAUUACUGUGGACUUUGCUGUCUCUGCAGCAGAGAAUGGACAAACACAUCUGAUCAAGAACUGCAUUGAAAAAGGUGUUGAUCCUGAAAUUUUACAUGAAUGCAUCCCAGCUGCAGCUGAAUCUGGAUAUGCAGAUAUGAUAAAGCUAUUGCUGGACUACUGUCCUAGGGGCAACGAAAAGCUUAUCAAGCGUAUCGAGGAAGCUUUCAUUCUAGCAGCAAAAGCAAAUUGCUGUGAUGCUCUUGAAGAAUUCCUCAAAUAUGGUGUCAAUGUCAAUGUCGUUGUCGCUCACGAGGAUCGCAGACUGAAAGUUCGUAAGGGGCCUGCCCUCGCCUUUGCCAUUCUAUAUGGAAACUUGGAGGCAGUCAACUUUCUACUCAAGUCUCCUGGGAUUGACCUUGACAUUCUCACUGAAGGUCUCACUCUGCUUCAUUUGGCAUUGUGCGCACGCACAUGCAGGUCAGAGAUCGUUGGCGUUAUCCUCGGCAGAGGCGUUAGUCCUCUCCAAAACCCAGUUAGAAAAGAUGAGAUAUCGAUACUUCAUAUGCUUCUUGGUGCGGCCAAUCCCCUUGAGCAAAGUGACGUGGAGUUGCUAAAGCGUCUGCUCAGCAUUGGAUGCGAUCCUAAAGCCACUGAUAAACAUGGAAAUACACUUUUACACGCAGUUUUACGAAGGCGUAACGUUCAGACAAUACCAGAAGAAAUCAUUUUCAUCCUCAAUGAGAGCGAAGAAAUGAAAAUAUUACCGGACAAGACCGGAGAGUUGCCACUCCAACUAGCUGUCAGAGGUCAAGCAACAAACGAGAUUAUCCGAGCUCUGCUACCUAAAGAUAUCUCCUUGUGGAAUUCUAAGAAUCUCCGUACCUUCAGUGUACUACAUGCCGCUGUCUAUCCAGGAAAGAUAGCCCCUUCUCCUCCGCUUGCUCCUCCGCGCCGUCUGCCACUGAUAAAUACCAAUCCAAGUACUCUUUCAAUGACUGAUUCAAUAAGUGCUUCUUCCUCUCCCGCGCCACUACCACCAGCAGCUAUCCGGCGACCAGGACCAGGGAGCAUUUCUGAUGACAAUGAAAUGCUUAGAGUCCUAGAUGUGCUUCUACAGAUAGCGGACAUUGAUGUAAAUGUGAUUGACGCGCUUGGUAACACGCCGCUCAUGAUUGCUGCCAACCAUUAUGACGAGCAGUCUUCCGAAACUCGAGCUAGAAUUAUCAAGAGACUCUUGGAUCGAGGAGCUGAAGUCAACUGCUUUAAUGGAGGGCGAUGGACUGCUCUCCACCUCCUAGCGUCGACUGGAUUUGUGCUAGGCAUAAGGGAAAUCUUCAAAUUUGAUCCCGACCUGCAGACUCUCAACGAAAACGGGUUUUCGCCACUUCACCAAGCUGUUUCUCGAGGAAAGAUUGCUUGCGUCAGACUUUGGACAGAUCAGGGCAAUGCAAAAAGUCCACGAGCCGAAGCUUUCGCCAAAGCUUUGCAGGCUCGAACGAGCCGUGGGCUUCUUCCUUUGCACAUCGCCGCAUUACAUAACCGGGCCGAGGUGAUUCUUCUCCUCCAUGAUACUGGACGGCUUGGAGACGUCAAUGCACCAGGACUGAUCGACCAAGUCACUCCAUUACAUCUAGCUACCGUAGCUGGUCAUAUUGGUACUAUGAGUAUAUUGAUACAGCAUGGGGCGGAUGUAAAUGCGAGAGCAAGUGUUGGGAAUACACCACUCCACUAUGCAGCAGAGAGAGGAGCUGUCAGCGCAGCUCGGCACCUCAUAGAUAAUGGGGCACUGGCAGACCUGGAAAAUUGGGAUGGCAUGAAGCCGUGGAUGCUCGCUGACAAGCAAAAUCACACGGAACUGAAGUUUGCACUGGAAAUAGCUGCAAGGCGUGAGGUUCAAGCUGAGAACGCAUAUGGAGAUUCAACAGAGUUGGUGGUCUCAGAGGGUGCAAAUCGAGCCAGUGGUAAGGGGCUCGACAUGCCGUUAUUCUCAACUCUCUUCAAAAUUGCGCCGAUUAAGUCAAAACCUUCAAGCAUGUUAGACGCGGUAUCUUCUGGAACGGAUACCGAAGUUCUCGCAUUUCUUGCAACAGGGAGUGAUCCUAAUGAGGCAAUGGGGAAGGAGGGAGAGGCUCCACUACAUAUCGCAUGUCACAGAGGAUACACAGAAGUGGUCGAGCUUCUUCUCGACUAUGGCGCUUCUAUAGAUGUGUUAGAUAAAGCUGAUAAUCAGCCACUGCACUGUGCGUCUUCGGAUGGCAGGCUUGACAUCGUUAAAAUCCUGGUAGACCAUGGAGCCAGUCUCACCGCAAGGAAUACGGACAUGCAGAUCCCGCUUCACCUCGCAGCAGAGAAUGGAUGGUUGGAUGUUGUCAAGAUUUUACUGAAGGCAUCGACUAACACAGUGACUACGAUUGGUACGGAUGGGAAAGUUGUAAGCGAUACUGGCAAGCAUGAUGGCAUGUCCCCUCACCUAGAACUGCGUGACAAAGAAGGGAACACUGCCCUCCUCGCUGCUCUUUUCGGUGAUUAUACCGACGUCGCCAGAUUCCUCGUCCAAGAAGGCGCAGACGUCAACGCCAUAGAUAUCUGUGGCUGCGGACCUCCAUUCUGGGCCGGCGACGCUGCCGACAAACCAUUCUUCGAGCUCCUGAUCUCUCGUGGCCUCGACAUCAACCAAGCAGCACCCGGCGGAUCUACAGCCCUCUCGCACGUGGCCGCUCGCCUGCGAGACCAAGACGAAGCCACCACUCUCGCAAUCUACCUCAUCGAAAACGGCGCUUCCGUCUUCCCAAAGCCACGAUACAACCUCUCGCCCCUCGUGUUUGCCUGCGAGUCCGGUAAUGUGGGUCUUGUUAAAGAGCUUAUAAAGCGCAUGACUAUGGAGGAGAUCAAUGCACCGUCAGUGACGCUCGGCGCACCGAUCUACACUGCGGCGUUUCGGGGACGCGCCGAGGUCGUGAAGGUAUUGCUGGAUGCGGGUGUGGAUUACGAGAUGAAGCAUCUUGGGGAGACGGCAUUUGAUGCUGCGGUUAAGGAGGGGCAUUCUGAUGUCGUGGCUGCUUUUAAGGCGUUCUUUCGGAAGGGUGAGGGUAGUGAUGGAGGAGAGGGGGACGAGGGGGGAGAGGAUGUUGAUGUCUCGAUAACACAGCCGGCAGUUAAAUCAGAGCCAAAAUCUCGAUUCGAGGAGUUAAGCUCAGGAUCGAGAAUCGAGGAGCUGGAUGGUGACGAUGACGAGUCGACAGAGGAGAGUAAUGGCGAGCCUUUACCGCCAUACUCGCCUAAGUCGUGA